ACCUGCGUGGCGGAGCAUUGCAGAAUAAAACGAGGAAACAAAGAAACACAGAGACGGAAAGAGAGAAAGGAAGAAAGACACGAAGGAAGGAAGAAAGAAGGAAAGAGGAAACGAAAAAAAAAUAAAGCAGAAAGCAAAAACCGAUCAUAAAAACACGGGAAGAAGAACGGGAAGGCGUAAAGAGAGAGAGAAAGGAGAGAAAGAAAGAGAAAGAAGAAGAAAAGGGGUGAACUUGAAGAAGAAUAAGAAGCAAAAGAAGAAAAACGAGAAGAGGAAGUGAAAGAAAGGAAAAAAAGAAAAAGUCACAAAACAACCUCAUAGAAAAUCAAAUUCACGAGACACAGGAGAAUAAAACAAAACAGUGAUAAAGAAGGAAGAGGAGGAAGAGAGAGAAAAGGGGAAAGCACAUAGUUGAAUUACAGACAAGAGGACAAAGAGGGGAAGAAGAUGCCUGUCUAUAAGGGCGUUUUAUCCUUAGAAGAUCAAGGACCGGACACUCCUACUGUUCAUCUCUUUGACUACAGCUCAGAUGGCGGCACCAACACCAAGUCAAACUGCCGCAAACAACUCAUCACACUGGAGUCCUGCAUCUAUUUAGGGCGACGUAACUUGGCAUCAAUAAACAGCCAAUCACGAACCAAGAACACCAAGCCAGGGAGCCAAUCAACGAGCGGCAUUGAGAAGAACACGGAAAACUCGACCAAUAGGAGCACAGGAGAGGGAGAUAGAAUCGGAGGCAGAAGUGAAGGAUGGAGAAGUAAAUGGGAAGGAAACGAAGGAGAAGAAGGUUUAUCUGAAGGAGGGGCAGGAGUUUCAAGGAUACAUUCUCAAGUGUCCGAACGGUCCUUACGACUACGCCAUGAAGGUUUGGGACACUGGCCGGCAGCUUUGUGUGGCCCUCCAGGCGGCGCCCCCUGAGGUUGGGUACCCGAGAGAGGGCGAAGAGGUGGAGGCGGUGGUGGUGGACAGAGUGGAAGACCUAUU